AAGGAUAACAGUGUGGCUAAGCAUUUCAUUUCCUCCCUCCCUUUCCAUCCCUCCAAAUUCCUCCAACGCCAACACACUCCGAGAACAACAGAACAACAAGAAGAAGCGAAGCGAGCUCCAGAUCUCUCUCUCUCUCCCUCGCUUGAGACCAUGGCGGCGGCGUCCACCUUCAUGGCCUCUACCUCCAAGCCCCUACUCUCCAAUCCCCACCAUCCUCCUCGCUCUCUCCUUACCACCCCGAAGACAAUCCCCGCCCCUUUCCGAUCCCUGAUCAAAUCCAUCUCCAUUUCUCCUCGCACUCUCGUUCUCGGCGCUGCCUCCCUCGUCGCCUCCCCUCUCCCAGCCCUCGCCUCCGAGAUCGAGAAGGCCGCUCUCUUCGACUUCAACCUCACCCUCCCCGCCAUCGCCAUCGAGUUCCUUCUCCUCAUGAUCGCCCUCGAUAAGAUCUACUUCACUCCUCUCGGCAAGUUCAUGGACAGCCGCGACGCCGCCAUCCGCGCCCAGCUCGGCGAAGUCAAGGAUACCUCCGAGGAGGUCAAGCAGCUCGAGGAGCAAGCCGCCGCCGUCAUGAAGGCAGCACGCGCCGAGAUCACCGCCGCACUUAACAAGAUGAAGAAGGAGACGACAGCGGAGCUCGAGGUGAAGCUCGUUGAGGGCCGGAAGAAGGUGGAGCGGGAGCUUGCUGAGGCGCUUGAGAACCUGGAGAAACAGAAGGAGGAUACCAUCAAGGCCCUCGAUUCUCAGAUCGCUGCUCUCAGCAAUGAGAUCGUGAAGAAGGUUCUCCCCCAGCUCUGAAGCUCUGCACAUCCAUGGCCGCCAUUGAUCUCAGUUCUCUUUCUCUUGUGGAGCUCUUGUAGGUAUGUACUAUGUACUACUACUCCUCUGUCUCUGUGUAUGCCCAUCAACUGUUUGUGCUUUGGCCGGCCCAUGUUGAUUUUUCAAAUUUAUGUUUAUUUUCUUGUUAUUGUAUGAUGUUAUGAACAAAACCAAACUUUUUUUUAUUGGCAAAUACCAAUAAAAAACAAACAUUAUACUA